AUGGAAGAUCCAAGUAAAUCAUUCAAAUCAGAAGAUAAUUUGGGCAAUCUGGCUUCAUGGAGUACAAUAACACAAACAACAUCACAAACGAUAACAAAACGUGAUCGAUGGAAAGGAAAAAUUGAUUUUCUCAUAGCAUGUAUGGGAUUUUCUAUUGGUUUGGGUAAUGUGUGGAGAUUUCCCUACUUGUGCUAUAAAAAUGGUGGAGGAGCCUUUCUUCUACCUUACUUCGUCAGUGUGAUCGUUGCGGGUGUACCAUUAUUUCUUCUUGAAGUUGCUUUGGGUCAGUUUAUGUCUAAAGGAGCUAUUGCAGCCUGGAUAUUUGUCCACUUUUUAGAGGCAUUGGAUUUAUUACACAGUGAUUCUGGUAAAGAACUUCCGUGGGCUAAAUGUGGACAUUCCUGGAAUACUAACUCAUGUAUUGAUGCUGUAGUGAGAACAAAUUUAAGCAAUUCAACAUCACUUCUCCGUCAACAUAUAUUUGGAGCUGAUCCUGCUUCAGAGUACUGGGAAAAUCGUGUCUUACGAAUAUCAAAUGGUAUUGAUAAUUUAGGAACAAUUCAAUGGGAUUUAGCAUUAUGCCUUUUAUUAGCUUGGACAAUAAUAUUUUUAGCAAUAUGUAGAGGAAUAAAAACAUCUGGAAAAAUUAUGUAUAUAACUGCAACUACACCAUAUUUAUUCAUGAUUAUAUUACUUAUAAGAACAGCUCAGUUAGAAGGAGCAUUAAAUGGUAUAACGUAUUAUUUAAAACCAGAUUGGGAUAAAUUAACAGAUAUGACAGUUUGGUCAGAUGCUGGAACUCAAAUCUUCUUCAGUUAUGCUAUCGGUUUAGGAGCUUUGUCUGCAUUGGGAAGUUAUAAUCGUUAUCAUCAUAAUUCAGUUAGAGAUUGUCUUUUAUUUGCUGGUGCAAAUACAUUUACAAGUUUAUUGGCUGGUUUUGUUAUAUUUGCAACACUUGGCAAUAUGUCUUAUAUAUCCAAUGUCCCAAUACAUUUAAUUGCAGAAUCAGGACCAGGUUUAGCAUUUAUUAUUUAUCCAAAAGCAUUAGGAACAUUGCCUGGUAGUCCUAUUUGGUCAUUUUGUUUUUUUAUUAUGAUUAUACUAUUGGGAAUUGAUAGUAUGUUUGGUGGAGUUGAAGGUUUUGUUGCUGCAAUCUCCGAUUACUUACCUCAAGUGAUAUUAAAUCCAUGGUAUCGAGUUAGUUUUGUUGCAGCCACAUGUAUUAUAUCUUAUGGUAUUGGAUUAUUUAUGGUGACUAAUGGCGGUAUGUACAUAUUUCAAUUAUUUGAUUAUUAUUCGGGUAGUCGUAUAAUUUUAUGUGUUACAUUUUUGGAAUGCAUCGUGAUUGGCUACAUAUAUGGAUGGAGACGGUUUGCAAAUGAUAUGAAGUCAAUGUAUGGCUUUUCACUUAAAUGGUUUUGUUGUUUAUACCUAUGCAUUAUUACUCCAUUGUUUACAUUUGUUCUGUUUAUCUUCAGUGUAAUUGUAUACGAAGAACUCACAUAUAUGCGAGCUGUCAAACCUGAACCAUAUCACUUUCCGAAGUGGUCUGUGAUAUUAGGUUGGAUGAUGGCCAGUUCAAGUUUGUUCUUCAUUCCAGGUGUCAUGGUGGCAGAGGUUAUAAGAACACCGGGAACAUUUCUAGAAAGAAUAAAAUACCUGUGUACACCUCGUCUUACUCAGCAUCGUUGUUCUUUAACCAGUCCAACUUUAAUUGACCCCGAAAAUUCGGAGAUUCCAGAAAAUAAUCCCAAUGAUCAUUAUGAAGUGAAUUCGUGUACAACAGAAGAGCAAAACAUUGAAGAGGAUAAUUCAGGGAAAACAAAGAAAAAAUUCAAAGUUAGAAAUUUCUGUAGAUCGUGUAUUCGAUAG